AUGCUUGACACGGCCAGCCAAGACACCCUGAGGGCAAUUUUUCAGGAGGAGUUGGGGAAGCUCCGGCGCAGGCUCCUGGAAGACACCAGGCUGGAGCUUCAUGAGGCGCUGAAGUUCGCCAAUGGCGUGUCCAGGUCGCCUCACCAAGCCACCCCGAAGUCACAGGUCGGCUGCCCAGCUACCAGCACAUGCAGCGCCACAAAGGAUACCUGUGUGCGAGAAGCAUCAACUCUUCGGACAGAAGUGGCCCUUUCGGACGAUGACGACGAUGCGGGAUGGGACCUCGGACCCGCCGAGGGCAACAUUGCCGGAGUACCUGUCUCCGCCACAGGAGGUGGUGUCUCGUAUGGGCCAUCCGCGCGGAAGACGUCCAAGAAGAGCCACACUAGCGGGGCCAGCGAUUGCCAGCGAUCCGAGGCAAGCUCCAUUUCGCGGCCGAAGGGAGCUGCCGACACGAUCUCCAAAGUCAUCGAUGAGCACCUUCAGAAGACCCGCUCGAACCCGGUGACGAACAGGGUGCAGGCGCUCGUCAGGACGACAGCCUUCGAGAUGGCCUGCGCCAUGGUGGUGGUUGCCAACGCCGUCAUCAUUGGCAUUCGUGCCGACCUCCCUGAUAUGGCCGACGCGACAGCCUACGACGUCGUCGAGCUCGUCAUGGCUCUGAUGUUCCUUCUCGAGUUGGUGCUCCGUGUGGCGGCUGCAGGAGCAAGCUACUUCACAGCGAAGGGAGGCCUCUUCAACCUCCUGGAUGCGCUGCUCAUCUUCAUGAUGUUCGCCGAUGCUAUCUGCGCUCUUGCCAACGUCUACAUGCUGGGUAUUGAUGACGGCGGGCUGAUGAAGCUCUACCGCGUCGCACGGCUUCUGCGAGUGGCGCGCAUGGCGCGAUUGUUCCACAUGGUACCAGAGCUGCACUUCACUCUGACGCUCAUGACAACGUCGUCUACAUCCUUCUUCUGGGCCGCGGUGCUGAUGCUGCUCAUCAUGUAUCUGGUGGCGCUGUACUUCACGGUGGUCGCGCGGCAGUUUGCCGAGGCCACGGAGGGCGUUGUUCCCGAACUGGAGGUCUUCUGGGGCACGACGGGCAAGUCCAUCAACUCGCUGUUUCUGGCCGUCUUCGGCGGGCAGGACUGGCACAACAUGCUGCUGGUCUUCGGCGAUGGCUCCUGGUGGUACAUCGUCAACAGCAUCGUGCUCUCCCUGUUCGUGGGUUUCGCCCUGGUGGUGCUGCUCAACCUCGUGAACGGUGUCCUGGUCGAGGGUGCGCAGACCAUGAUUGCCGAGAGGAAGCAGCACGAGCUGGUGCGCAUGGCGGCGGACAUCUUCGUGCAGACAGGGCACAAAGCGGGCAGCGAGCUGUCGCCAGAGGAGUUUGACGAGCUCGUGAACACCAAGGCGAUGGACAACUACCUGGAAGCCAUCGGUAUCGACCCCAACGAGGCAAGGGACCGCCUCUUCCGCUUCCUGGACCUGGACGACUCCGGGAGCUUGAGCGUGGUGGACACGGCGCCUUCUGGCAACAAGUUUCCGGCAUGCACACUGGCGAAGUCGAUGAGGAGCUCAGAUUGUGUCAUGGUCACCGGGAUUCGACCAAGCCCUCGAGUCGGAAUGUAG